CGCGCACUCUGUUAUUGUGACGUUGCAACAACAAUUCUGAAUUUUUUAUUUCUUUUUUUUUCUAAAACGAUGUAAUAAACUAUAUAACGCUUACUCCAUUUGCUUAGCUUAACCUACAAAUCAGCUGACAGUUUGUGAAUGGUGGUAGAGAACAAAAUAAAUAAAAAUAUCAUAUAAUAGUAGAUACUUAUUUUAAGUUGUAAUUAUUUAAUUAAUCUGAUUGUUUAAAAUUUUUUUAAUAUAAUAUCAUCAUCACAAUAAAAUGUCAACAUCAAUUGAAGAUGCCAAAAUUAAUAUAUCCGAAGAAGGUCAGUCUAUAAAAGACUCUCAAAAUAUUUUGGAAAUUGAUGAAAACCUACGAUCUCAGUCUCCAAAGCAUGGAACCACUUUAUCUACCAGUACCAGUAGUUUUGAAGCAAUGGAUCCUCAUGAUCCCAAUCUAAGUCGUUUAGCAAAUGCUAUGUUUAAAAAAACUGGAGAAUAUUUACAAGAAGAAUUGACUGCUACACAUGCAGAUUAUAGAUUACUUGAAAGAUUAAAUAAAGAAGCUAUUGCAAAAUAUACAGAACUUAAAACAAUAUCUAUGAGUGUUUCUCAAUCUUUGGAGAUUCUUAAUCAAAAAUAUAGAAAAUUGCAACCUAUUUUAGAAAAUAUUAAUCAAAUUGAUGAUAGUGUUGCAAAAUUAGAACAAGCAGCUUAUAAAUUAGCAGCUUAUUCUAAAAGAUUAGAAACUAAAUUUAAAGACAUUGAAAGAGAAACUAAAAAUAAGUGAAAAAAAGAAGUAAAUUGUGGUAUUAAUAUACAGUUUACAAAAAAUUUAAUACUAAAUAUGAUGGAUAUAAAUUAUUAAAUGUUAAGUAAAUUAUAAUAUUAUUUUCAA